ACUACAUAGACUCGACCGCUCCUUAAUUCCCAAUCUUGUCUUUAAGCUCCUUUUUUUUUUUUCCCAAUGAAAGCUUCUAGGUUAUCUGUAACUUAGCCACUGUUAUCUGUUAAUGGAUUCUCCAUUGAGACAUGGAACCUACUGUUAUCCCUUCAAGAAGGAAACCUGGAUGCAUACAAUCCUUCUGUCAUUCCAAAGCAUCGGAGUAGUUUACGGUCGAUUGAGUACUGCUCCUUUAUACGUCUUCGGUUCGAUCCCUCAAAACGACUUCAAAUCUGAUGAGAGUGCGUACGAAUACUUCUCGUUUAUCUUCUGGACGUUAACGGUCCUAUCGUUAGUGAAAUAUACCUUCAUAGUACUCAAAGCCGACAAUGACGGAGAAGGUGGUACUUUUGCUUUGUACUCACUAUUGUGUAAGCAUGCAAAAGUCGGUCUACUCCCUAACGAUAAAACUUCCGAUGAUGUUACAAAUAACGAGACCGGAAGUCCUUCCCGCACCAAAGCCGAAUCGAGAGCACGAAGGGCUAUCGCAAAACAUAAGAGUAGUCAUUACUUGAUGUUGUUCUUAGCAUUGUUCGGUUCUUGCAUGAUAAUAUGUGAUGCAGUCCUUACUCCGGCUAUUUCGGUUUUAUCGGCUGCAUCGGGUCUUCGACGAUCGUUAACGGAUAUCAAAUAUUCGUCAUCCCGUAAAACAGAGGAUUCGGUAUUGAAAGAUCUAAGGAAAUAUGUACCUGUGCCUACUGCAUGUGCCAUUUUGGUUUGCCUUUUCACUCUACAACAAUACGGUAGCCAUAGAAUCGGGUCGAUCUUCGCUCCGGUAGUCAUAUUAUGGCUUUUAUUUAUUACCGGAGUCGGUAUAUAUAACAUUUUUCACUACGAUCCACAUAUCGUAUUUGCAAUCUCCCCGAAGUACAUGUACAAGUUUUUCCAAAGUAUAAGCUGGCGUAGUUGGAGAUCAUUGGGCAGUAUUACUCUUUGUGUCGCAGGAUCGGAAGCAAUGUUUGCCGAUAUCGGUCAUUUCUCGACGAAAUCGAUCAAGAUGACGUUCGUAUGCUUGAUUUACCCGGUUCUUAUUUUAAGUUAUGCCGGUCAAGCCGCAUUCAUCUCCCACGCACUCUCCAUAAAGGAUUCAUCCUUCGCUAUAGAAGAUUAUAACCAUUUUUAUAGAUCCGUACCCGAUCAUAUUCACUAUGUAUUCACGAUAUUAUCUCUACUUGCAUCGGCAAUCGGAAGCCAAGCAACGAUAACUGCAUGUUUUUCGAUCGUAAACCAAUGCCUAGCGCUUGGUUGCUUCCCGAGAGUAAAAGUGAUUCAUACAUCAGAUAAGAUACACGGCCAGGUCUAUAUCCCGGAUCUUAACUGGAUGAUAAUGAUUCUUAGCCUCGGUAUUACAAUCGGUUUCCAUGAUAUCGUGCGAAUCGGAAAUGCAUCAGGCAUGGCUAUAAUCUCUGGCAUGUUGGUAACAACUUGUUUAACGUCACUUGUGAUUGCUCUAUACUGGGAAAAGAGUCUGCUGCUGUCCGCUUGCUUUUUGGUGUUUUUUGGGUCGAUUGAAGCCAUUUAUUUGUCAUCGAACUUGUUGAAUUUUCACAAAGGAGCAUGGUAUCUUGCUGUUCUUUUGGCACUAAGCUUGACUACCAUGGUUGCAUGGCAUUAUGGGACAUUGAAGAAAUAUCAGUUUGAUAUAGAAAACAAGGUGUCUAUGGAAUGGCUUACGGAUCCCACCUCAGGUCUGAGAGUUUCCAGGGUGCCUGGAAUAGGCUUUGUUUACACCAACGUAGUAACCGGAAUCCCAGCUUUCUUCUCCCAUUUCAUCACGAACGUACCAGCUUUUCAUCAAGUGCUGAUUUUUGUGUCAUUCAAGUCAUUGCCGAAACCUUUUGUUUCACCGACUAAGCGUUACCUUAUAGGCAGAGUUGGUAAUAGAGAUAAUAAAAUUUAUCGAUGCAUCGUACGAUACGGAUACCACGAUCACAUUAGAGACUCAGAUGAUUUCGAGGAACAAAUCAUCCGCUCGAUCGGAGAGUUCAUUUCCUUGGAAGAACACGACGCCGAGUCUUUGAUAUCAACCGAAGGAAAAAUGAUUAUCGUAGGUAAACAACUCCCCGAAGGGGAUGCUCUGAUACCAUUACACGAUACAGGAGCCACAAGCUCGCCCCGUGCAUCAACUCAAACGAACAUAAACACAACCGAGGAUACUAACCCGAAAAUAAAGAGGAAAAAGGUACGAUUCAUGUUGCCGGCUAAUAGCCCAAAAAUGUGUCCGUCAGUGCGAGAGGAACUAAACGAACUGGUUGAUGCGAGGGAAAGUGGGACAGCAUAUUUCUUGGGUCAAUCGCAUAUAGCAGUACGUAACGGCUCAAACUUUAUCAAGCGAUUCCUCAUAAUGGUGUAUGUUUUCUUCGAUAAAAAUUGCAGAGAGCCUCAUGUGGCAUUGAACAUCCCUCAUGCAGCAUUGGUGGAAGUUGGUAUGGUCUAUACUAUAUAAUUUGUAAAGUUAUUGAGUAGAAAAAUAUAUACAAUAUCGUCUCCAAAGUUUAAACCUGCGUUUUCCCAUUAGAGAUCAGUACAAUGUGUUUUACCAUUGCACCUAA